AUGACUACUUCGUGUCCUCCGCACUGGGCAGGCCCGGCCUGUGACUGGCCCCUCUGCGUCAACGGCAAGGCCGACGCGGCGACUCGCAAGUGUGUCUGCCGCGACUUCUUCGCCCAGCCGUUCUGCAUCUCCUGUGCACCUGGUUGAAAUCUUUCACGUCAUCUUUGUUAACUGUUUCUUCAGGAUAUUGGGGUGAGAAAGUGCGACCGAGUGCCGUUGUCAAGUCUGUCGAGCUUGGAACAGGCUCGGCUAGCCGUUCCUCCCGUCGUCACCCACGUCAUCCUCGUCGUUCUCGUCAUUCUGGCCGUUUUCAUCGUUGUGUGUCUGGCUGAGAGGUCGGCUCUUUUACUUUUUGAUACAGUAGCUUGUCUGCGCUCUCCUGAUAUUUUUAUCUCUCUCAUAAGCUAAAGGAAAAGUCAGAAGUCGAAACGGCUCGAAAACUCUGAUUUCUCUGAUCUCUCUUUAUCUCUCGUAUGAACUUCCCGGAGAGGGAGAAGAGAGCACAGAGAAGACAGAAUGCCUCAGCUCUCAAGAUUCCAAGUUAAAGAAGCUGGCAAAGACGGGACUAGAACCCCUUUCAUGACGUCAAUAAAACUAUUUCACUAAUGACGUCAUAGAAUUGCUAACCAAUGACGUCAUUAUCACUAUCAUGACAUCAUUUCAUUCCAGAAUCCGCCGCCAAAUUCGAAAAAAGACGCCACCGCCAUACGCAGAAGUCGUCAAGGACUUACCGCCGCCUUAUGAAGCUUGA